AUGAUUCACGUGACAUGCGCUGUGCAUGGUCUCCAAAGGGCUUGUGAAGAGGUACGAGGACAGUUUGGCACGAUCGAUAGAAUUAUAUUGAAUGUAAAAAAAUGUUUUAAAAAAGCGCCAUCACGUGUUCAGAUAUUCAAGACACAUGCCCCGAAUAUAGCCUUACCACCAGAGCCAGUUAUCACACGUUGGGGCACGUGGCUAAAUUCUAGCAUCUAUUACUGCGAAUAUUACAAAGAAAUUUGUGAAAUUGUGGAAAUUUUAGACUUAGAAGACGCUUCAAGUAUAAAAAUAGUAAAAAAAAAUUUGAUAAAAAAAUGUGUCAAAAGUAAUCUGGUAUAG